AUGCUGUUGUUGUAUCUGUUCUGGCUGGGCCGGGCCGAUUCCCACCCGCUGCUUGGACAGCCUGCGCCUUGGCGGAAAUGUUGUUGUUGUAUCUGUUCUGGGCUGGGCCAGGCCCAUUCCUACCCGCUGCUUGGACAGCUCGCCUUGGCGGAAAUGCUGUUGUUCUCGCCUUGGCGGAAAUGUUGUUGUUGUAUCUGUUCUGGGCUGGGCCGGGCCGAUUCCUACCCGCUGCUUGGACAGCUCGCCUUGGCGGAAAUGCUGUUGUUGUAUCUGUUCUGGCUGGGCCGGGCCGAUUCCUACCCGCUUCUUGGACAGCUCGCCUUGGCAGAAAUGCUGUUGUUGUAUCUGUUCUGGGUCGGGCCAGGCCGAUUCCUAACCGCUGCUUGGACAGCUCGCCCUCGGCGGAAAUGCUGUUGUUGUAUCUGUUCUGGUCGGGCGCAGGCCGAUUCCACCCGCUGCUUGGACAGCACGCCUGGCGGAAAUGCUGUUGUUGUAUCUGUUCUGGCCGGGCAGGGCCGAUUCCUACCCGCUGCUUGGACAGCACGCCUUGGCGGAAAUGCUGUUGAUGUAUCUGUUCUGGCCGGCCCGGGCCGAUUCCUACCUGCUGCUUGGACAGCUCGCCUUGGCGGAAAUGUGUUGUUGUAUCUGUUCUGCGCUAGGCUGGGCCGAUUCCUACCUGCUGCUUGGACAGCUCGCCUUUGGCGGAAAUGCUGUUGUUGUCUUUCUUCUGGGUCGGGCCAGCCGAUUCCUACCUGCUGCUUGGACAGCUCGCCUUUGGCGGAAAUGCUGUUGUUGUAUCUGUUCUGGUCGGGUCAGGCCGAUUCCAACCGCUGCUUGAUAGCUCUCGCCUUGGCGGAAAUGCUGUUGUUGUAUCUGUUCUGGCGGGCCAGGCCGAUUCCCAACCGCUGCUUGACAUCUCGCCUGGCGGAAAUGUUGUUGUUGUAUCUGUUCUGGUCGGGCCAGGUGAUUCCCCACCUGCUGCUUGACAGCUCGCCUUGGCGGAAAUGCUGUUGUUGUAUCUGUUCUGGUCGGGCCAGGGCCGAUUCUACCCGCUGCUUGGACAGCCUGCCUUGGCGGAAAUGCUGUUGUUGUAUCUGUUCUGGCUUGGCCGGGCCGAUUCCUACCUGCUGCUUGGACAGCUCGCCUUGGCGGAAAUGCUGUUGUUGUAUCUGUUCUGGGUGGGCCAGGCCGAUUCCUACCCGCUGCUUGGACAGCUCGCCUUGGCGGAAAUGCUGUUGUUGUAUCUGUUCUGGCUCGGGCCGGGCCGAUUCCUACCCGCUGUUUGGACAGCACGCCUUGGCGGAAAUGCUGUUCGGAUUCCUAUCCGCUGCUUGGACAGCUCGCCUUGGCGGAAAUGCUGUUGUUGUAUCUGUUCUGGCGGGUCAGCCGGAUUCCUACCUGCUGCUUGGACAGCUCGCCUUUGGCGGAAAUGCUGUUGUUGUAUCUGUUCUGGUCGUUGGGCUGAUUCCUAACCGCUGCUUGACAGCUCGCCUUGGCGGAAAUGCUGUUGUUGUAUCUGUUCUGUCGGGCCAGGCCGAUUCCUACCUGCUGCUUGGACAGCUCGCCUUGGCGGAAAUGCUGUUGUUGUAUCUGUUCUGGUCGGGCCAGGCCGAUUCCCACCCGCUGCUUGGACAGCUCGCCUUGGCGGAAAUGCUGUUGUUGUAUCUUUCUGGGUCGGGCCAGGCCGAUUCCCAACCGCUGCUUGGACAGCUCGCCCUGGCGGAAAUGCUGUUGUUGUAUUCGUUCUGGUCGGGCCAGGCCGAUUCCCACCUGCUGCUUGGACAGCCUGCCUUGGCGGAAAUGCUGUUGUUGUAUCUGUUCUGGGUCGGCCAGGCGAUUCCCUACCUGCUGCUUGGACAGCACGCCUUGGCGGAAAUGUUGUUGUUGUAUCUGUUCUGGCUGGGCUGGGCUGAUUCCUACCCGCUGUUUGGACAGCUGCCCCUUGGCGGAAAUGUUGUUGUUGUAUCUGUUCUGGCUGGGCCGGGCCGAUUCCUACCCGCUGCUUGGACAGCACGCCUUAUGGAAAUGCUGUUGUUGUAUCUGUUCUGGGCUGGGCACGAUUCCUACCCGCUGCUUGGACAGCUCGCCUUGGCGGAAAUGCUGUUGUUGUAUCUGUUCUGGUCGGGCCAGGCCGAUUCCUACCCGCUGUUUGACAGCUCGCCUUGGCGGAAAUGCUGUUGUUGUAUCUGUUCUGGUCGGGCCAGGCCGAUUCCCAACUGCUGCUUGGACAGCUCGCCUUGGCGGAAAUGCUUUUGUUGUAUCUGUUCUGGUCGGGCCAGGCCGAUUCCUACCCGCUGCUUGGACAGCCUGCCUUGGCGGAAAUGCUGUUGUUGUAUCUGUUCUGGUCGGGCCAGGCCGAUUCCUACCCGCUGCUUGGACAGCUCGCCUUGGCGGAAAUGUUGUUGUUGUAUCUGUUCUGGCUGGGCCGGGCCGAUUCACCCUGCUUGGACAGCUCGCCUUGGCGGAAAUGCUGUUGUUGUAUCUGUUCUGGGUCGGGCUCAGCCGAUUCCUACCCGCUGUUUGGACAGCUUGCCUUGGCGGGAAAUGCUGUUGUUGUAUCUGUUCUGGCUGGGCCAGCCGAUUCCUACCUGCUGUUUGGACAGCUCGCCCGGCGGAAAUGCUGUUGUUGUAUCUGUUCUGGGCUGGGUCAGCCGAUUCCUACCCGCUGCUUGGACAGCUUGCCUUGGCGGAAAUGCUGUUGUUGUAUCUGUUCUGGCCGGCCCGGGCCGAUUCUACCCGCUGCUUGGACAGCUCGCCUGGCGGAAAUGCUGUUGUUGUAUCUGUUCUGGCUGGGCUGGCGGAUUCCUACCCGCUGCUUGGACAGCUCGCCUCUGGCGGAAAUGCUGUUGUUGUAUCCGUUCUGGGUUGGCCAGGUGGAUUUUCAUCCGCUGCUUGACAGCUCGGCCUGGCGGAAAAUGCUGUUGUUGUAUCUGUUCUGGGUCGGGCCAGGCUGAUUCACACCUGCUGCUUGAUACAGCUCGCCCUGGCGGAAAUGCUGUUGUUGUAUCUGUUCUGGUCGGGCCAGGCCGAUUCCCUAACCGCUGCUUGGACAGCUCGCCUUGGCGGAAAUGUUGUUGUUGUAUCUGUUCUGGGUCGGGCCAGGCCGAUUGUUACCCGCUGCUUGGACAGCCUGCCUUGGCGGGAAAUGCUGUUGUUGUAUCUGUUCUGGCUUUGCCUUGGCGGAAAUGUUGUUGUUGUAUCUGUUCUGGGCGGCCGGGGCCGAUUCCAACUGCUGCUUGGACAGCUCGCCUUGGCGGAAAUGCUGUUGUUGUAUCUGUUCUGGCUGGGCCAGGCCGAUUCCUACCUGCUGCUUGGACAGUAGCCGCCUUGGCGGAAAUGCUGUUGUUGUAUCUGUUCUGGGCUGGGCCAGGCCAUUCCACCACCCGCUGCUUGGACAGCUCGCCUUUGGCGGAAAGCUGUUGUUGUAUCUGUUCUGGGUGGGCUGUGCCGAUUCCAGCUGCGGUUUGGACAUCCUGCCUUGGCGGAAAUGUGCAGUUGUUGUAUCUGUUUGGGUUGGGCAGGCCGAUUCCCUGGCGGAAAGCCUGCCUUGUUGUUGUUGUAUCUGUUCUGGCGGGGCUGGCCGAUUCCUCACCGCUGCUUGGACAGCUCGCCUUGGCGGAAAUGCUGUUGUUGUAUCUGUUCUGGGCUGGCCAGGCCGAUUCCCACCCGCUGCUGGACAGCUCGCCUUUGGCGGAAAUGCUGUUGUUGUAUCUGUUCUGGUCUGGGCCAGGCCGAUUCCCACCUGCUGCUUUGGACAGCUCGCCUUGGCGGAAAUGCUGUUGUUGUAUCUGUUCUGGGUCGGGGCCAGGCCGAUUCCCUACCGCUGCUUGGACAGCUCGCCUUGGCGGAAAAUGCAGUUGUUGUAUCUGUUCUGGGUCGGGCCAGGCCGAUUCCUACCGCUGCUUGGACAGCUCGCCUUGGGGAAAUGCUGUUGUUGUAUCUUGUUCUGGGUCGGCCAGGCUGAUUCCUACCUGCUGCUUGGACAGCUCGCCUUGGCGGAAAUGCUGUUGUUGUAUCUGUUCUGGGUCGGCCAGGCGAUUCCAACCGCUGCUUGACAGCUCGCCUUGGCGGAAAUGCUGUUGUUGUAUCUGUUCUGGUCGGGCCAGGCCGAUUCCCUACCCGCUGUUUGGACAGCUCGCCUUUGGCGGAAAUGCUGUUGUUGUAUCUGUUCUGGUCGGGCUGGGCCGAUUCCUACCUGCUUUGGACAGCUCGCCCUUGGCGGAAAUGCUGUUGUUGUAUCGUUUGGUCAGGCCGCUGGCCGAUUCCGCCCCGCUGCUUGGACAGCUCGCCUGGCGGAAAAAUGCUGUUGUUGUAUCUGUUCUGCCGGGCUGGUGGAUUCCUACCUGCUUGCUUGACAGCUCGCCUUGGCGGAAAUGUUGUUGUUGUAUCUGUUCUGGCUGGGCUGGGCGAUUCCCACCCGCUGCUUGGACAGCCUUUCCGCCUGGCGGAAAUGCUGUUGUUGUAUCUGUUCUGGUCGGCUGGCCGAUUCCCAACCGCUGUUUGAUAGCCUGCCUUGGCGGAAAGGCUGUUGUUGUCUGUUCUGGUCGGGCCAGGCCGAUUGUUACCCGUUGCUUGGACAUCUCGCCUUGGCGGAAAUGUAUAGUCUUUUCUGGUCGGGCCAGGCCGAUUCCUACCUGCUGCUUGGACAGUUCGCCUUGGCGGAAAUGUUGUUGUUGUUGUAUCUUUUGGGGUUGGGCCGGCCGAUUCCUACCUGCUGCUUUGGACAGCUCGCCCUGGCGGAAAUGCUGUUGUUGUAUCUGUUCUGGGGCAACAGGGCUGAUUCCUACCUGCUGCUUGGACAGCUCGCCUUGGCGGAAAUGCUGUUGUUGUAUCUGUUCUGGGCUGGGCGGGCUGAUUCCUACCUGCUGUUUUGGAAAGCACGCCUGGCGGAAAUGCUGUUGUUGUAUCUGUUCUGGCGGCCGGGCUGAUUCCUUACCCGGUUGCUUGGACAGCUCGCCUUGGCGGAAAUGCUGUGUUCUUCGCCUUGGCGGAAAUGCUGUUGUUGUAUCCGUUCUGGGCUCAACAGGCCACCCUACCCGCUGCUUGGACAGCUCGCCCUUGGCGGAAAAUGCUGUUGUUGUAUCCGUUCUGGUCGGGCCGGGCCGAUUGUUGGCCUGCUGCUGGACAGCCUGCCUUGGCGGAAAUGUUGUUGUUGUAUCUGUUCUGGCCAGCCGGGCCGAUUCCUACCCGCCUUGGACAGCCUGCCUUGGCGGAAAUGUUGUUGUUGUAUUGUUUGGGGUGGGCCGGGCCGAUUCCUUACCCGCUGCUUGGACAGCUCGCCCUUGGCAGGAAAUGCUGUUGUUGUAUCUGUUCUGGCUGGGCCAGGGGCCGAUUCCUACCUGGCUGCUUGGACAGCUUGCCUUGGCGGAAAUGCUGUUGUUGUAUCUGUUCUGGUCGGGCCAGGCCGAUUCCUACCGCUUGACACAUAGCUCGCCUGGCGGAAAUGCUGUUGUUGUAUCUGUUCUUGGGCCAGGCCGAUUCCUAACCGCUGCUUUGGAUAGCUCGCCUAUGGAAAUGCUGUUGUUGUAUCUGUUCUAA